CAACAAGGCUCUCUGUCCUCGGUAGGGUGGUGUAUUUAUUUGGAGUAAAAAUAGCAAGAACGACCCGAAAUUAACUGCCGCACUGUGGGACAAGAUAGUUAUCUUCCCAUGUCAACUACUUCCAGCUGUAAACUUUACAUCAAAACUCCUCGGUUUUUACAUAUUAACGGGAAUUCUUAAAAACCUUUUCGAACUUUAUUAAUUUAACAAUAUAACUGCUUAUUUUCUCAAAACAAACUAGGCUAACCGUUGUAGAAGGGACAUGUUAGGCCUAGCUAGAAUCCAUAGAAAUUGAGGUAUGUGAAAUGAAAUGAGCAAUUGAAAAAAUCAAAUGAUUUUUCUACACAUCUAUAUAACAACGAAGAAAUGGAAGGUAACUUUAGACUUUAGCAACUAUUUAUAAGAUAAGGGCAAACUAUUGAUCGUUCGCUAAAGCAAAGACGGAAACAGGAACAAGGAACUAUUUCGUUUCACAUUCAUACUCUUUGGCAGACGUUCAUUGGACCAAUCAGUGUAGAGGGGGGGCGUGGUCUGCGGCAAACGAUCAGGCAUCGAGCUGCGGUUCUGGAGGAGAGCAGCAGAGAGACACAUCCAUCCAUCAAACCAAACACCAUUUAUCGCUGUCUGUGGUCCGUGCUGCGAUGUUGAUCCUGGACGUGUUCUCCCCGCUCCUCCUCCUCCUACUCUUCCUGUUGCCGCGCUACAGUUGCCGGGCGGCGGACAUUCCGGAGGACACGACAGCAGAGUUCUCGGUCAGACUGUACCACCGGCUGCAGGCGGCGGGGGACCAGGACAACAUCGUCUUCUCCCCGCUCAGCGUGGCUCUGGCCCUGGGCAUGGUGGAGCUGGGGGCCCGGGGGGCCUCGCUGGAGGAGAUCCGCCAGGCGGUGGGCUUCAGCCAUCUGCUGCCAGGCGUGGAGUUCUCUUUGCUGCAGAACCUGACGGCGGCGCUGUCUGAAGACAACGCCCACUACGUGAUCCGGUUCGCCAACAGCCUCCUCCUGCAGGAAGGCAUCACCUUCAACCCCGAGUUCCUGCAUCUGAUGAAGAAGUACUUCCAGGCUGACGUGGAGACCGUGGACUUCAGCGAAUCAGCCGCCGUGGCCGAUCAAAUCAACACCUGGGUGGAGAAUCACACCGAGAGUAAGAUCCAUGAUCUUUUCUCAGCCGAUGACUUCAGCAGCGUGACCCGCCUCACGCUGGUGAACGCCGUCUACUUCAGGGGCUCCUGGAAAAACCAGUUCAGGCCAGAAAACACCAGGACCUUCUCCUUCAGCCGAGACGACGGCUCCGAGGUCCAGACGCUCAUGAUGUACCAGCAGGGAGACUUCUACUACGGUGAGUUCAGCGACGGCUCACAGGAGGCUGGCGGUGUGUACCAGGUGCUGGAGAUGCCGUACGAGGGCGAGGACAUGUCCAUGUUGAUCGUUCUGCCGCGGCAGGAAGUGCCUCUGGCCUCGCUGGAGCCCAUCUUCAAAGCAGCGCUGCUGGAGGAGUGGGCCAACAACGUCAAGCGGCAGAAGGUGGAGGUCUACAUGCCCAGGUUCAAAGUGGAGCAGAAGAUCGACCUGAGGAGCACGCUGCAGGAUCUGGGAAUAAAAAACAUCUUCACCAACGAUGCUGAUCUCUCCGCCAUGACAGAUGGUAAGGACCUGCACAUUGGGAAGGCGGUGCAGAAGGCGUACCUGGAGGUGACGGAGGAGGGAGCAGAAGGAGCCGUUGGAUCAGGAAUGAUCGCCCUCACCCGGACUCUGGUGUUGUACCCGCAGGUCAUGGCCGAUCACCCGUUCUUCUUCGUCAUUAGAAACCGGAGGACAGGGACCAUCCUCUUCAUGGGCAGGGUCAUGACCCCCGAGGUCGUCGACCCCAACGACCAGGACUUUGACUCCAUGUAAAACAGAUCUCAGAUCCUGACGUCAUAAACGCUACCUAUCCUCUAUCGCCAUCUUCAGCUGUGUUUUAUACUCCUUUAAAAAAUAUAUAUAACACGAUAUAUUAUAUAUUAACAUAUGACAUAUACACGUGACUGUGUUUUGAUACUGGAAGCUUUAAAACUCUUGUAUACAGACAAGCAGAAAAAAUGAAGAUGUACAUAUUCUCUGGCAACACAAGUUUGUAUAUGAGGAAAAGAAAACACACGUAAUCCACGCACAACCCCUUUAAGUUCAGCAGCUUCAAACUCACCUGCGCCCACACACACACACACACACACACACACACCAGGCACAAACAUAUUUCUGCUUUAAUUACAUCCCUGUACAUUCGACAUUGUGUUCUAUAUUAACAUAUAUACUCAGUAUUUAUUGCAGCAUAGACAUUUUGUCCCUACAGGGAAUGCGAUGCCCCAGAAUGCACCGCAGCCAUCUUUGGAGGAUAGCAGCAGCCAUCAAUAUCUAUCAGCGUUUCCCAUCAGAAUUGAAUAAAUAUUAAUGCCCUUACAAAGAAAACCUCUGGGCAGAAACAGAGGAGCGUUAUUUAGUUAGUGUUCACACAUAUUUAAAUAUUAAACAUUUGGAUGCCCAUGUCAAGUUUACAAAAGAAUGGACACAGGACCUUCAAAUCUACAGGUUAAUUUUUAUAUAACAAUAAAAUAAUCCAGACGGAAGUAAGACAGCUAAUGUUAUGCUAACUGAGUGCUAACUUAACGUCGGCAUGUCAUGCUUAAUCAAUCUCCCGUAAAUGUACGUGUCCUGCGAUAUUUCCUGUUAGAAAUCCUAUUCCCAGCGUAGUGGUUUGUGUUACUGUAGUUCAGCAGAUGGCUGACAACCAACACAACUCAGCGUCUCUUGCUGAAGUUUGCUACGUCUCGCUCGUUUCCAUGAUAGUUUAAUAGAAUAACAUGUAAUCCCGUCGUCGUCGUCUUUUUUUUUUUUUUUUCAUUGGUGUUACAGCCAGUAUAACAGUGCCUACUGAACAUGUUUAAAACGUUUAAAGUCAAAAAGUUACAGCUACUUCACUCGCUGUACAGUCAAAGUCAAUAGGUUGCGUAUCAACUAGUAUCCUCCAAAGAUGGCCGACUUGCCGCUGAUGACGUCACAUUCCUUAUACACUGAAUCUCAGUAAUACACUGACAGUAUUCUAGUAAUUUUUUACACGGUAGGGCACACUGCUGAUGAACUUAUAUGCCUUAUAUGAGUGGUUGAUCAGGCCCCAGCUGGGCAUCUCACAGGUGAGCAGGGGAGGCUGCGUAACUAAGGUGGGUUGCUAUGGAAACGGACCGGAGCAUGCAGGCAGGCGCACUGAAGAAGAUCUGCUUGCACUAUUUUCUGGAUGUACAUACAGGGAGAAACAGAAACACCAGCUGUAGUCUUUUACUCAAUAAACAUGAAUUUGUUCCCAUUUAAAA